AUGGCGCAGACCCUGCAGGACCGGCUGAACAUCAACAGCCAGCUCGAGCACCUGCAGUCCAAAUAUGUGGGCACGGGCCACGCGGACACGACCCGAUUCGAGUGGAAUCUGAACAUCAAGCGGGACACCUACGCCUCCCUGGUGGGCCACCACUCCCUGGCCACCUACCACGCCAUCGCGGAGAACGAGUCCAUCGGGCGGGUCAAGUACAACUUCGUACAGAACAUGCUCUUCCCCUGCGGCCUACCCCCGGAGCGGGACGACGAUUGA